UAAAGACAUCGACAUAAAGGAAUCGACAAGCGGCCGUCCCUCCGGGCUCCGGGCCGUGCAGACGCAGUGUCGCCGCCGGAGCGACGUGACGGCAGUGGCGCGCCGCGAUCCGACCUCGCCGCACGUCCGCAGCCACGCGACACACACAAACACGAUCGAUAACACAAAACCGCGACAAAACACCUCCAAACCACCACCGGCUAACAAACCACACAAAUCUCAACCAUCCCGAUUAUCAUGUUACAGUCUUUAUGUAACUGAUUGUAGAUGGCAACAUCGAUAGCGCGUGGCGCACCGGCGUCAACAAUGUAGUCAUAGUGACGCGAUCGUGUUGACAAUUUGACAGAACAUGACGCUAAAAUACCGUUGAUUUUUAAAUAAACAUGUUUAUAAAACGUUAUGUGUUGGUUGUUAUGUAUUGUUAAGAUGACGACAAUAAUUUUGUUGGUUUGAAUAGUUGGUAUACUACACGAAAAUGGGAAAUGGAAUGAACAAGGUGCUGCCCGGUCUUUACGUGGGCAACUACCGGGACUCGAAAGACACGGUGCAGCUGGAGAAGUACAAGAUCACCCACAUUCUGUCCAUACACGACGCCGCCAGGAGAUUGCACUCAGAUAAACACUACCUCUGUAUAAUGGCGUCGGACUCUCCAGAUCAGAACUUGACGCAGUACUUCAGUUUAUGCAACGACUUCAUACACGCAGCGAGGCUGAGGGAUGGCAACGUCCUUAUACACUGUCUAGCAGGGAUGUCACGCAGCGUGACAGUAGCCGUGGCGUACAUAAUGUCGGUGACUCCGCUGACAUGGCGCGAAGCUCUGAAGGUGGUGCGAGCCGGCAGGGCAGUCGCCAACCCCAACCUGGGCUUCCAGAGGCAGCUGCAGGACUUCGAGACUUAUAAACUCGUUGAGGAAAGAAGACGAUUGAAGGAGCGCUACCCGUCCUUAGCCUUAGCUGACAGGGACCUGUCAGAAUGCCGCGUCAUGCUGGACUCCUACCAGACGAUGCUCAACCAACGCACCAUCUGCGAAGGGAAAUGCGCCAUGGGUCGACAGUGUCCCACUGGGGUAUGCAGAACAGGGUCGAAGCGACAGCCGCGACCGCGGAAGCCGUCAGUUGCCGCGGGCUCCGGGGAAAGCCCAGGGCUGAAGAGGUCCCCGUCUACCUUAUCCACCACGUCCUCUAUGUCAGGAUACCGCCCAAGGUCUUCGCCGGCCGGACUUUAUAGUUAUACUGGAGCUCCGUCCCGUCCGACUCGCUCAACCUCAGGUCUAAGCGUGACGCGCGUGACGGACCCAGUGGGCGGCGGGACUGCCAUGGCGGUGGGCGGCACGGAGUACUCUCGGAGACGCGCCGCCUCUGCGCCUGCGACGCCGGCGCUCUCGCCCGCCUCCUCGCCGCCCGGAUCGCCGCAUCGAGCACCGCACAGGCACAGCUGCGCUUGGGUGAUACCCUCGGUGCAGUGGGACCCCGAUUCGAUGUGACGUCAUCAAGGGCUACGAAUCAAGAGCUUUUAAUCAUUCGCGUCGCACCCCCGCCAUGUCGCAAGAUCACGUCCUCUGCAGCGGUGUUCGUAGCAGGAGCCUCGCUCAGCCGGUCGCCGCAGCCGGCAGCCCCUCACCCCCCCGACGUCUAGCUCGUAACGCGCAAACUCGCGGGCCUGUGUCGCUGCUCGCUCAUAUCGUCUCCAGGACAGACAUGACUGGUUAAUGCUACCUAGAUUGCUUAGGUCGGAGUGUAUUUGUAGUUGGGAUUUU